AUGCUAGGUGUGUCUUCGGAGCAUAACAACGGUGAUCAAUUAAGGCUUGGGCAACCCGGCAGUAUCCCAGCCCUCGUGCAACCUUCGGGUGGCAUAGCAGUUAGGCACCAGAAGGGUGUUACAGCUGAACGACUGCUGCGCCAGCAAAAACUUAGUGCGGCCUACGCUCAACGGACCGGAAGACCAUUGGUUACAGAAACCACUCGUGACAAACCGCGUGCAUCUAGUCAAGUCGGAUGUCCACCUCGUGGUUCUUCCCGAACGAGAAAACCACAAACUUCGCGCCAUUCCAGUCCGCAAACUCCGUUUUUGACCGCCACGACCAAUGCAUCGAAACAAAAUGCCAAAAAACGAAUGACCCAUUCUCAGAGGAUCAAUCACGCUUCACAUUCCCUUGAGGCUGCACUUCAGUCCACACGCCCGGUAACCACGCUGAGUUGUGAUUUCGAGUGGCUUCCGCCAUUACUGUAUCCACCAGACACACUGUUUGAUUCAUCAAGAUCCACCAACCGUAUGAACUCUUCCUCAACCCGCCGGUCACAGUCCCAUUCGAAAACCGUUUCGAAACCCAAGUUCCCUCAGCAGUGUACCUCCACUACGACUACAACCGCCACUACUAACACUGAACAAAACUACGUUGAUCCAUCCACCUUGUCGGUCGACGAACUUGAACAAAUUCUACAACGAUGGUUUCAAGCGGGUUACAACCUGGGACAAGAACAUGCACUUCAGGGUCGUCGUAAGGUGUUCCACAUCGUCGUGCUAGAAUCUCCGUGCAGGGGCGACAAACGUCGAGCUAAAGAUGCUCGAGCCGGACUGGCUGACAUUUUGACCAAUCAAGGCAUGCCUUCGUUAGGUCCGUAG